CCGCCCUUGUCCUUAACGAAACCUCUUUGACCGCCCAGCAGCCGCCCCCGAAGCCGCGCCAGGGAACUAGGGAGAUAGAUCUCUGCAGACCUUGCAGAGUGCAGAGAACUGCUGCCGUGGUGACUCUGCGUUUGCCCCUCGAUUUGUUCCAUCAAAUUGCAUUUUGUAUUUUCCUGCCGUACUUGUUGUACCUUGAUCCGAAAAUCCAUUACCCCUCCACCAUCCCAUCCUGCCGCCGCUUAUCGCUUGUCGCCGACGGUCGCCUGCCGUGAUCGCAUGACCUAAAGAAACCGGGAAAGGGAAAGAAGACCUGAACGACGGGAAGCGCCGGGCUUCUCUCCGCAAAAACCUCAGCCCGCCGCGCAAAACAAAAUAGGAACCGCCGUCAUCCCAGCACCCCAGCGAUAAUUUCCAAUCUGUAACAUACCGAUACCGCAACCAUGGAGAAAGUCGCGCCCGAGUUCACUCUCGAAGCCUUUGCCGAUCCCGCCUCCGUGCGCGACGUCGUUCGCGGCAUCCUCCACACCAUCUUCUUCCUGCGCUACUUCGUCUCCCACGAACCCAAGACGCGCGACGUGUGCGGCCUCGAACUGGCCUACAUUCCCGACGCCGAGAUCGAGACGCUCAUUGACCAGCGGGUCGCCACGCUCGUGCGCCAGCUCGAGGUUGACCGCAACCAGUCCUCGUCACAACAUCCUUAUGGCGCCGGUGGCCCCGGCUAUAGCGGAGGCGGUGGAGGUCGCGGGCAGAUAACAGUGCAGUUCUUUGAGAAGAAGCGCAGGAAGACGUGGUACGGUAUGGGGAGGGGCGACGACGAGGUAUGUUGGGAGAACUGGACGGUCAAGGUGACGGUCGCUGAGCCGAGGACGGAGUCAGAACGACAUAAAGUUCGCAACGCAAUGGAAUCCACCCUCCAAUCAACCGUUUUCAAAUGCAUCACCAUCGCAAACACCCACAAGGACCACAUCCCGCCCAUCACCACUAACGAUUCCAAUCCCUUCACCUACCAGAUCAACGUCAACCCACACCACGGCCUCCACGUCACCUCCCAGCAACACCUUCAGAGCGCCAGCAAGGAAGCAGCCGCACGAAGCGAUUUUGGAAGCUCAGGAAACGGUGGCAGUAGCGGAACUGGCGGAAGCGGACGAGGGGCAGGGAGAGGAGGAGCAGGCGGGCUAGCAGGUGCCGCGGGCGGUGCGGCAGCGGCGGUUGUUGGCUCGUGGGCCACCAGGAUGGGUAUUUACUAGAAGGACAGUCCCCCCUGGCUCCUCAACUCUGUAGGGAGUGUGAUCGUGAACGUGGGCCUUUCGGUGCGCGAUGCUGCUGUGAGGCUGGAUGAGGCGUGCGGCAGGACGCUUGAUAGGUGGGACAGAGAGUUCCAGUAUGUCCUCGAUAAGGAAGAGGAAGCGAAUCCGGGAAGCAGAAGAUAAAGGCGGAGCAGGAGGCGAUGAGACAGAGUAGGAUGAGAAGCGUCGAUAAACUAGGUGAAGAGGCGGGAAUCAUCAUUCUUGGUGAAAAAGGGACAGACAGGCCUGCGGUUGAGAAGAGACGUUGAACGCGAUGAGGGGGUUUGAGGUGGAAUGAGCGAGUUUUUUUUUUUUUUUUUUU